GCGGCUGCUAGCGGCGCGGCUGUGCCGAGCAACGCUGAGCCCCGUCCGGCGGGCGGGCAGCUGUCAGCGCCGCUGGGCGGCCGCGGGGGGCGGGCUCGGCCCCUCGAUCAGGUGACGGGCGGCUCGCCGGGAGCGGCGCGGCUGAGCGGGCCGGCGUUCCGCUCCUCUCACCUCGCUUCCCCUCUCCUCGCCUCCGCGCAAUGCUGGGCGGCUCCGCGGCGGCGGGGAUGCUGCCGCGGCCGCCGCCGCUCGCCGCCCGCUGAGCCGCUGCGAGAGGCGCGGUGGGGCCCCGCCGGGCGGGGCGGCGGCAGCAGCAUGGCCCCCACCCUGCUCCAGAAGCUCUUCAACAAAAGAGGCGGCGGCGCGGCGGCCCCCCAUGGCCGGGCUCCGGGGGAGGGGCCCGCCUUCAGCUGGUCCACUUCAGAGUUUGACUUGAAUGAAAUCCGCCUGAUAGUUUACCAAGACUGUGAGAGGAGAGGCAGACAGGUUUUAUUUGAUUCCAAAGCAGUCCGCAAAAUUGAUGAAGCUGUCGUUCAGAAAAUGGUAGAGGAUGCUUCUGUAAAGACUUCUGCCAAGAACUGCCAAGCAAGCAAUGGGAACAACAAUAUUUCUUCCCACAGUCCCUCUAUGAACUGUAUGCAAAGUAUCAAAGAACAGAUACCGAAGUAUCAGUACACCAGACCAGCCUCUGAUGUCAACAUGCUGGGAGAAAUGAUGUUUGGGUCAGUGGCAAUGAGUUACAAAGGCUCCACCUUGAAAAUUCACUACAUACGCUCUCCCCCACAGCUGAUGAUAAGUAAAGUCUUCUCAGCCAGGGUAGGAAGCUUCAGUGGAAGCAACAAUAACUUACAAGAUAGCUUUGAAUACAUCAACCAAGAUCCUGGCCUGGGAAAGCUGAGCUCGAAUCAGAAUGGCUUGGGAACCUGUCGCAGUGGAAGUAACUUAGGUGUGUUACAACUGUGUAGCAGCAAACUGCUGCAGGGUGUGUCUGAAGGAGGUCCCCUCCGGCUCAUACGCAGUGCUUCUUUCUUUGCAGCACACAGCACGCCUGUUGAUAUGCCUAGCAGAGGACAAAAUGAGGACAGAGACAGUGGCAUUGCUCGGUCAGCAUCUCUGAGCAGUCUUCUGGUCACUCCUUUUCCAUCUCCAAGCUCUUCAUCAUCAUCUUCUAGCAGCUACCAACGUCGCUGGCUCCGCAGUCAGACAACCAGUUUAGAGAAUGGAAUUAUUCCAAGGUGGUCCACUGAAGAAAUGUUUAGUAUGGCUGAUGAAACCUGCAGCUCCAAUCCUGCAAUAGUUCGGAGGAAGAAAAUUGCAAUCAGUAUAAUCUUUUCUCUGCCUGAAAAAGAAGAAGCACAGAGAAAUUUCCAGGAUUUCUUUUUCUCUCACUUCCCUCUUUUUGAAUCUCACAUGAACAAGCUGAAAUAUGCCAUAGAAAAGGCCAUGAUCUCAUGUAGAAAAAUAGCAGAAUCCAGCCAAAGGGUGCAGGUUUAUAUCAGCCGUGUCAUGGAUGCCCUGGGAGAAUUCAGAGUUACCAUCUGGAACCUAUAUUCUGUUCCAAGGAUUGCAGAGCCUGUGUGGCUUAAUAUGAUGUCCAGCACCCUGGAAAAGAAUCAUCUAUGCCAGCGUUUUCUUAAAGAAUUUACUUUUCUGAUAGAACAGAUCAACAAAAAUCAGUUCUUUGCUGCUCUGUUAACUGCUGUGCUGACGUACCAUCUGGCUUGGGUCCCAACAGUAAUGCCGGUUGACCAUCCUCCCAUAAAGGCCUUCUCUGAGAAGCGCACAUCACAGUCUGUGAACAUGCUGGCAAAAUCCCAUCCAUAUAACCCUCUCUGGGCACAGCUUGGUGAUCUCUAUGGUGCCAUAGGCUCUCCAGUGAGAUUGACUCGAACUGUUAUUGUUGGAAAACGCAAGGAGUUGGUGCAGCGCUUGCUCUAUGUUCUAACUUACUUCAUUCGGUGCUCUGAGCUGCAGGAAAAUCAUCUGACAUGGAGUGAGAAGGCUGGGGUAGGAGAGCAAGUGCUAAAUGGAAGUAAGAUCACAACUGCCCUAGAAAAGGGAGAGGUAGAGGAGUCUGAUUAUGUCGUUGUCACUGUUAAAAAUGAACCUGCUCUUGUGCCUCCAAUCCUACCUCCAAAGAAUGAUGGAAGUAAGAACAAUAGUAUUGCAGAGUGGGCACAUGACCCAGAAGGCACUCAUGCUGUCCCAGCCUCUUCAAAAGAAAAGAAAGAAGCAAUAGGAAAGGCCAGUCAGAGCUCCGAAGCAUCUGUUGACUGUCUAACUAGCAAUUUUCGUAAGGGAACAGCUGAUGGUAGGAAAAGAAUUGUCACUGAUACAGGAGUUGUAUCCUACCACUUUGAAGAGCCAUCUAAACUGGAGGAUUUAACAGAUACAAAGAAGAACAAGAACCAGAAUGAGAGAAAAGUGGAAAACCAGUUGCCUGGUAGGUCAUCUGCAUUACCUUGUCCUGAAAGGUCUGGCCACAGGAGUUCACACUUGGAAAAGGUCACUUUUCAGAUUGGAAGUUCUGCAUCACCGGAGUCAGACUUAGAAACUCAUAAAAGAGAAAUGGAAGAAAAUCUGAAAGCAUUCAGAAAAAGUCCAGAGGUGAUACAUUGUGCCUCAAGUUCCACACAUCUGCCUGUGGAUGCUUCCCAGAAUCAAAAAGAAAGUUGUGGAGCUGCCUUUAUACCCUUCAGUAAACAUGAUGUUUGUUAUGCACAAACCUCACCUUGUGAGGGGAAGGAGAAUAUACUUAACCAACAUACAGAAAGUAAAGAAGCUGAAAUGAAUUUAGUGAACACAAUAUCUAGUGAACCGGUUUUGCCCACAGAUAAUGUAGAAACUGUAAAAUUGCCAAGCCUGAAAGAAACUAGAACUUUAUGCUCUGGCAACCUGGAGAACUAUUCCCCUAGCUGUGUAGAAGUAGGUCGUGCUGUCAAACAGGAUUCCCCUAAAGUAGGUGCUAAAGAUGUCCCCUAUGGGGAUGCUGGAAGGAAAAGCUCCUUCAGAGCUGAAGGGGACAUUCCAAGGAACGAGAGUUCAGACAGUGCUCUUGGAGCCAGUGAUGAAGAAGGUGAUUGUUGUAUCCCUGAUGAAGCACAUGAUGAUAAUGUCAGCAAAAGACUUGAAGAGUUUGCAGAAGUGGAACUUCCUUUACCAAGGUCAAAUACAAUCAGCAGUCAGUGUGUGAAAAAUUUUGGAAGAUCACUUCUAGGUGGUUACUGUCAUACAUAUGUACCUGAUCUAGUGCUGCAUGGAAUAAAUAAUGAUGAAAAACUCAAGCAGUGUCUACUAGCAGACCUACUUCAUGCAAUGCAUCAUCCAGUGCUAGAUGAGCCCAUAGCAGAAGCUGUCUGCAUUAUUGCAGACACAGAUAAAUGGAACGUACAAGUAGCUACAAGCCAGAGAAAGAUGAUGGACAAUAUGAAGUUAGGCAAGGAUGUUUUGGUUUCAAGUCAAGUAUCCAGUUUAUUGCAGUCUAUUUUACAGCUUUACAAACUCAACGUCCCAGCUGACUUUUGCAUAAUGCAUCUUGAGGAUAGACUACAAGAGAUGUAUCUCAAAAGCAAAAUGCUUUCAGAAUAUCUGCGAGGACAUACAAGAGUGCAUGUAAAAGAACUAGGAAUGGUAUUGGGGAUUGAAUCCAAUGACUUGCCUUUGUUGGCUGCUAUAGCAAGUACUCAUUCCCCGUAUGUUGCUCAAAUACUCUUAUAAAUUAAAAUCUCAGGAUAGUCAUUCCCUUAAAGUAAAACAAAUAAAAUGGGAAUGUUGAAUGAAGAACAGAGGUGCCAAACACUGGUAAAGGGGAACACUGAGGAAAGCAGGUGAUGCCUGUACCAUCUACACCUUCUGAUUCUGAUUUCAACCGGAUGUUUUAUCGAAGGACUUCAGUUUACAUGACGUAAAAGGCAUUCAGGUUUUUCUUACAAUCUCACUUCUGACUUAAAGCAAGGAAGUGGCUGCAUCCUUGCAUUUUAUUUUUAUUCAAAGGACAGAAGUUAACACUAUGUGGCAGACCAGGAGCUGCCGUCUAAAACGCUGCUCAAAACCAUGAAGUAACAGUUAAAAGAACAAGUGGGUUAGAAUGGAUUUUGCAAUACUACGCUUGUGAGUGUGGUGUGGUGUAUGUUUCUUUGCUGGGGAGGAGGAGGAGCUGUAAACUAUGUAUAUAGCAUUCCUAUACACAAGUGUAUUAGAUGGGACAUUAUUUUCUAGCAGAGCAUACACAUGAUUUUGUAUAGUAGACAUGAUGGGCUCAGAACAAGGAACCUGGAUUCAGCAGCCAAAUGCAAUGUGAGAAUGGAUGUAUGCAUGAGGUCAUGUGACUUUUCUCUUGAAGGAGAAGAGGUUAAGAAAGCUGUGGCUGCUUCUGUUUCAAUGAGGAGGCAUUCAGAUGAGCCCAUGGCUAGAAGUGGAAUGGAAUGGACUUCCAGGAUAGGGAUUUUGUGGGAAAGCCUUAUGGAAUUUCUGCUACAAGUUUACAUUUGUUGCUGAUGCAACUUCAAUAACUCUUUUGAGUUUCUGUAUGACUGUAGUCCUGGGAACUAAACCUGUGUCUUGGUGUCAUUGAGUAUUACUAUUUCCGAGGAGUAUGAAUUUGACAAACUUUUGUAUACCAGUGCUGUUAGUGCAUGUCUGUGCGCAUGCACUACACCAAGCAAUGGGCACAAACUGAAGACAAUCUUAUUGGGGAAAUAGAAGACAACAAUCAGCCCCUCACCAAACCUUUAGUCACAAGUAUAACUUUUUUCCAGCUACUAGUUGUCUCUAAGUAGGAAUAAGAGGAGCAUUGUCUGAAGUAAAAUGAAAUGUAGGGGGCAAACCCCAGUAUUUGAUAUUACUAUGAAUGUUUGCAAUUACCCUCUUUGAUUCUACAGAAAUCUUGAACUAUCAUCCGGGUGCCUUUCCUUAAUAGGUUAACUACUCUGAGACCAGAAACUACUUCUCCACUAGUUGAUACUGGCCUUCUGUGUUUCUAGAAAGCAAAAUAAACUUUUGUAUUUCACUGUUUUCAUCUGGUUGAUAACAUAAAUGUAAAAAUUUGACUUUUUUUGUGUAAAGUACUGUUAAGCUGGAUAUGAAACUAUGGACCAGAGUAAGGAGAGAGAACAAAAGGAUCAAAACAGACAUUCUUAAAGAAAUGGAAAACUCAAUGUUGGACCGUUCUGUUGUGAGCCAGCAUGAAUGAGGUGUCUGAAAUGGUGAGCUUGCAAGCAAAUUGCUAGCAACAUAAUUGCUUGGGAAUAGUGAAUUCUAAUAAGAAACUCCUGGUCGCCGUUUGUGAGUUCUCCUCAUUGGUGAUUACAGAUUUUUAAUACUGAAGGGGCACACUUUUAUUAAAAGUGUUUUUAUUUCCUACUACCUUGAUGUUUGGACUUUUCUACAGUAAACUUUCAAUGAUUUGAAACAAUGAAAUGUGCAUAUUGUGAGUUGUUUAAAUGUGAUGGGGGUCUUGAUUAACCUUGUAUUGCUUUUUGAGGGAAAUGGGUAGACUGACCUACUGUGAAGAGAGGUUGUUUCCAAGUGGAGGAUUACUUAAUAUUGUGAUACAAUGCUUCUAAAGCUAUUCCUUGUAUGCUGGGUUUCUGACCUGACAUUCCAGAUGGGGUUUUUUUUAUUGCAUUUUCAUACUUGUCCCUAGUAUUCUGCCUAAAAAGGCUAAAAUCUUUCUAUGGUUCAUGUGUUCUACUACUACUUGCAGUUAAGCGAGCUUUUCCUGGCUUUGGUCUGUGACGCCUAUCUGCUGGAAAGUAAACUUACCUCUGCAUAUAGCCAUCAGCAGAUAUCACUCUAUUCCACAAGGUUAAGACAAAGUAAGAACCAUAGAGCAAGUCACAUGUUCCUAAACUACCCCUGUAAUGGAGAACGUGUGUGCGUGCAUGUGUAAGGCUACAAAACUGCUUCCCUGAAUGUAUAUAGAAAUCCUCAUGUACUUUCUGGAUUCCAUGACACUCUUAAAUAGUAGCUGAGUUCAUUAAAAGUCAGUUCCAGUUCUCAAAUAUUAGUUGGGUUUUUAUCUGAACAGACUUUGACAAUUCUUCAAAGAAAUAUGUGCUAACAUGGAAAUAAGUGCUUUUGUUAUCACAGGGUGUGCUAAGGAAGUCAAAGGUCAGGCAACGUUCAGUGAUUGCAAGACUAAUGCCGUGUUCGGUAACACCUGAUUUUACUACAUCAACUAUUUAAAAAAAAAUUAAAUCUGACUUUGGGCAAGACUUUAAAUUAGCCUGGGGGUGACAUGUGAGCCAAUGGUCAAAAGCACUUGGAUUUUCUUCAGCCCAGGCUAAAACUUUAUAGUUCUUGCUGCUUUCUCUAACAUUUUGCUGCUCUUCAGAAUUUACAUGACGAACUAUCUUGUUCUCAUAGUUUUAGUUUUGCGGGAAGAAAAUCCAAGAAAAAGCUGUUCAUUACUUUUAAAAGGCUCUGGACUACAGAAAGUUAAAUACAUAUUUUCCCUUCCACCAAAUGUACUACCUCAGUUGACAGGAUUCCACCUUCUAGGGCUUCUUUCGACUCUUAAGUCUUUAACUUGUUUUUGGUAGCAUCUUGCUGUUUAUGUAAAUUAGUGCGGCAUGACGGGGCAGUAAGUAUUUACAGAUGUGUUGUUAGACAUCUCUAGGGCAUGUUUCUGUUUUUAUUUUAAUAGGAUGAAAAAUUAUAUGAAUGUACAGAUGUGUUUAAAAUUGAUAAUGUAGCUUAAUUUUCAAAUAUUCCAAAGUUGGUUUUAUCAGUAUUAUGUAGUUUUUUGUAAACUUAAAUACAUACUUUCUUGGUUAAGUGGGAGUGCACAGUCUUUCCAAAAUCCCACAUAAGUGCAGUUUACACAGUGCAAUUUAAAGAAUGUAUGCUUUUUUUUUUCCAGGCAAGACUAAACCCUCAUACACAGAGGCGAGGAAUAACUGCUAAACUGUAGUAUUUAAUCUAAGUUAAUUUUUUAACCCCAAAUGAUACCAAGAUCUAAACAUUUUAAUUUAACUAGGUACUCUCAGAACUAAUUCAUACAAUUUUCAUCUGCCCAAAAGAAAUGUAUAGACACUGGUUCUGUAAUUCACAUUUCUGAUGGCAUCUUUCAGAGUUAUAGACUGAUCUUCCUCGUUCCCUACUACAUGCCUUUUCACUAUUAAAGUCAAAAACCCUUUUCAGACACACCAAACUCUUGUAUAUAAAGUUUACACAAAACAAUAAUUUAUCCCUCAAAGACCCAAAUCAAAAUUGAGUCUGAACUGCUGAAUAUUCUCUAUACUGGGGGUGUUUUUGAGGUCAAGUGGGCUAAUUUGACAUACAUAGCAAGUUUUCCAUAGUAGAAAAAAAACGUGUGUUGUUAUUGCAUGUUUGGAGAGCAUAGGCUUUUUUAGGAAUGACUGAAUACCAAUGUCGAACUACAUGGAUUUUUUUUCUUAUAGUUGUUUAUGUGCGCUAUCAUUUUGGUCUAUUUCUUUGCGGCAUUUGGUGCAAUAAACUUUCUGUAAUGAAAAUAA